ACCUACGAACUGGACCUUGGGUAGUUUCCAAGAUGGCCGACGGUUUGUAAAUAUUUUGCGAGCCUCAUUUUGCAGCUGAUGCAGAAAAAUAACCUAAUAAACUAAUAUCUAGAUCCCACAGUGUGAGUUCUGGGUGUUUUGAGAGCUCUGAGCUGUUUUCGAUCAGAGGUGGAAACAAUCAGAAGGAUACAAAAUGACUACAAAGAAUACAACUGCCCUGCUCCAACGCCUGCGGGCUGCGAUGAAGAACAACCAAUAUGUCUGUGAGAAGUUGAACGCCUACAUCAUACCAUCAGGAGACGCACACCACAGCGAGUACAUUGCGCCCUGUGACAUGAGGCGGGGAUUUAUCUCAGGUUUUACUGGCUCAGCAGGAACAGCCAUUGUCACAGAGAAACAUGCAGCUAUGUGGACAGAUGGAAGGUAUUUCCUACAGGCUAUCCAGCAGAUGGACAACAACUGGACCCUGAUGAAAAUGGGAAUGUCUAAAACACUUUCCCAAGAAGACUGGCUUGUGAAGGUUCUUCCUGAGGGUGCAAGAGUUGGAGUAGACCCAUUCCUUUUGUCCAUAGAUGAAUGGAAAAGGUUGUCGAGCAAACUUGAAUCAUCUGGACACAAACUGGUUGCAGCUGACCAGAACCUGGUUGAUCUGGUCUGGGAUGACCGCCCUGAACUGCCCUCUAAUACCUUAAUGGUGUUAAGCACAAAGUACACAGGUUGUCCAUGGCAAGACAAAGUUCAUCAGGCUCGGGACCAGAUGAAGGAGAAGGGAGCUGCUGUCCUGGUGGUCACAGCCCUGGAUGAGGUGGCAUGGCUUUUUAACCUGAGAGGCUCGGACAUUGACUUCAACCCUGUCUUCUUCUCUUAUGCCAUGAUUGGGAAGGAGUAUGUCAAGUUGUUUAUUGAUGAGGCCAAGUUAGACAAUGCUGCCCGAGCCCACCUGAUGCUGGAUGCAGACAAGAACACAGAGGAUUACAUGAAGGUGGAGAUCCUCCCGUAUGAUGACAUCAUAGCUCAGCUGAAAGUGGCAUGUCAGGAGGUUGGGAAGGAGAAGAUAUGGCUGAGUGACCGUGGGAGUGCUGCACUGGGCAACGUAGUUCCUGAUAAUGUGAGACUGACCCAGCAGUCUCCUCUAUGUCUGAACAAAGCCAAGAAGAACAACACAGAAAUCAAGUGUAUGAGGAGAGCUCAUGUGAAAGAUGCUGUUGCCUUAUGUGAAUAUUUUGCUUGGCUGGAAAAAGAGGUUCCUAAGGGUGAACUGAAUGAGGUCACAGCAGCAGACAGACUGGAGCAGUUCAGGAGAGAGCAGGAGGACUUUGUUAGCCUUAGUUUUGACACUAUCUCAGGAGUUGGGUCCAAUGGUGCUAUUAUCCAUUACAGGCCCUCAAAGGAAACUGCAAAAACCCUGACGUCCCAUGAGCUGUACCUGUGUGACUCUGGUGCUCAGUACAGAGAUGGCACCACAGAUGUCACAAGGACUGUGCACUUUGGGACUCCAUCACAACAUGAAAAGGAGUGUUUCACCAGGGUACUGAAGGGUCACAUCGGUCUCUCCAGUGCCAUCUUCCCCAAUGGGAUCAAAGGACACCAGUUGGACACGCUUGCCCGGCAGCACCUUUGGGAUGUGGGGCUGGAGUAUCUCCACGGCACGGGGCACGGCGUGGGAGCCUUCCUCAACGUGCAUGAAGGGCCCUGUGGCAUCAGUGCCAGGUUAUCCCUGACAGAGUCAACGUUGGAGGCAGGCAUGAUUGUCACCGAUGAGCCAGGCUAUUAUGAGGACGGAGCCUUUGGCAUCAGGAUAGAGAAUGUUGUCCUUGUCAAGUCAACUGAAACAAAGUUUAACUUCAAGGACAAAGGUUUCCUGACCUUUGAACCCCUGACCCUUGUUCCCAUCCAAACCAAAAUGCUGGAACCCAGUAUGUUGACAGAAAAGGAGGUGAGCUGGUUGGAUGACUACCACACCACGUGCAGAGAGGUUGUUGGGAAGGAGCUGGAGUUACAGGGAAGACCAGAGGCGCUGCAAUGGCUGAUGAGAAAUACACAGACUCUGGGCUAAUUGGAGAGCCACCUGUCCGAACUUAACAAAAUGUACGAGACUAGACUACGUCAUGGAAAAUUUGUUGUACAAGUAGCUGCAAUGGAAGAUAUUGUUGUACCAAUAGCUGCAAUUUCCAGUUUUAGCAUUUGGCACAAGAAUGAUGUCUGAAUGAAUCUUGCACUGCAAUAUGUAGUUAAAGGAGCAACAGUUUCUAAUAGUACAUGCUAGCUAGGCUAUACUCACUAUGUAGGUUUUAUGCUUUGAUUAGGAAUGGUUUAGUCUGCGAGACUUUGGAAAAGACUUUCUUCCAUAUUUCUUGAUGAAUUGGCUUGGAUAAGAUCUUUCAUGAUUUCCUUAUUUUUAGAGAUUUUACCCAGAAGUCUAAUAUUCAGGAUUUGUGCGCAACUGUAACUUGUUUCAAGAUUUGAUGUGUGUUAUAUAGAGGUCAACUUUUUUCUGGUUUCCCCAAGUAAAAUUUUUCUCUUUUCUGUG